AGUGAGGUCGCUUUAGCUGGAGUCUGGGCCAUCGUAUUAGGGUUUGCACUUGCAGAGAUGCAACCUGCCUCCGUUACCGAGGACCUCACAAUAGCGUUAUUCCUCCUUAGUUUAGUGCGAUAACUCGUGGAAUCGAAAAUUAUCGUCAUUAUCGUGCGAUUCGGAGUUACCGUAGUAGUAUGGGUGAGUUUACAAUUCAGAUAGGCAAUGACCUUGUUAAUCAGCUUGUUGAUGAUGCGGUGGUAAAGAAGAAAACUAGAAGGAUUAGACGUAAGGGGCCAAGAGGGACUGAUAAGCCCCAAUCAAAUGUAACUGGAAAGCCCGAGAGUGCAGCUGCUCCAGGGUGGCCAGUGCAGCCCCCUCUGUUUCUACCUGCAACAUUACCUGUACAACCUGCCCAUUCAGAGUUAGAAGGCAUUCAGUCUGUGCUUCAGGAAAGUGAGAAGGUUUUGGAAAGAUUGCAGAAGCAGGAGGAGAACAUGUUGCAGGAAGUAACCCAAAAGGCAAAGGAUCUCCAUGAUAAAGAGUAUAAGCUUCCAAACCCAAAGCCUAAGCCUUGCAUGGCUGAGAAGCUUGCUUCCUUAGCAUGUUACAAGGAACAUAUCAAGGACCCUUUGAAGUGUGCUAAUCUUGUUACCAGUUUUGCAGAUUGCUUGCGAAGGUUUGGCCGUUUAGGUGACAAGUUACACUGAGAAAUGGUUUAGAAGGAAAUUCGUAUCAAUGAAAUGCAAAUAAUCUAGUAAACUACAGACUGACAAAUACUCAUUUUGUUACUGCCAAUUUUGUUGAAUCUUUCGUUCCCAACAUUAAACUAUGUUUUGAAGCUCACAACAGGUGACAUUCUUUGUUUGGAAUUUGAAGAUUUUCAGUUAUUUGUGUGCCCCCACAUGCUGUGCUUGUUUGUGCACGGAAUGCUAUCAAGGGAAGUAUGUUCCAAGUUUGUCAGUCAUAUAUAUAAAC